CUCCGCCCCCGCCAUGGCCGCCGUGGGCGCGGCGGCGGCCGCCUGGCUCCUGGUGGCCCCGCGGCUCUCGGGGGCGUCCCCCGACGGCUCCGUCGGCGCCAACGCCAACAACGGGACGUGCCGCGGCUCGGCGCGGUGCCAGCCCGGCGUCCUCCUGCCCGUGUGGCAGCCGGACGAGCCGGCGGCGGGCGACAAGGCGGCGCGGGCCAUCGUCUACUUCGUGGCCAUGAUGUACCUGUUCCUGGGCGUGUCCAUCAUCGCCGACCGCUUCAUGGCCUCCAUCGAGGUGAUCACGUCGCGCGAGAAGGAGAUCACGGUGACCAAGGCCAACGGCGAGACCAGCGUGGGCACCGUGCGCAUCUGGAACGAGACGGUCUCCAACCUGACGCUGAUGGCGCUCGGCUCGUCGGCGCCCGAGAUCCUGCUCUCGCUCAUCGAGGUGUGCGGGCACCGCUUCCAGGCGGGCGAGCUGGGCCCCGGCACCAUCGUGGGCAGCGCCGCCUUCAACAUGUUCGUGGUGAUCGCCGUGUGCGUCUACGCCAUCCCGGCGGGCGAGAGCCGCCGCAUCAAGCACCUGCGCGUCUUCUUCGUCACGGCCUCCUGGAGCAUCUUCGCCUACAUCUGGCUCUACCUCAUCCUGGCCGUCAUCACGCCGGGCGUGGUGCAGGUGUGGGAGGCCUUCCUCACCCUGCUCUUCUUCCCGGCCUGCGUCGUCUUCGCCUGGGCGGCCGACAAGCGCCUGCUCUUCUACAAGUACGUCUACAAGCGCUACCGCGCCGACCCGCGCAGCGGCAUCAUCAUCGGCGCCGAGGCCGAGCGCCCGCCCAAGGACGUGGAGGCCGACGGCGGCUUCCCCCCGGCGCCGGCCCUGCCGGAGCCCGAGGGCUCGGCGGCGUCGCCGUCGCCCACGCCCGAGGAGCGGGAGCUGGACGAGAGCCGGCGCGAGGUCAUCCAGAUCCUCAAGGACCUCAAGCAGAAGCACCCGGAGAAGGAGCUGGAGCAGCUGGUGGACGCCGCCAACUACGUGGCGCUGGUGCACCAGCAGAAGAGUCGCGCCUUCUACCGCAUCCAGGCCACGCGCCUCAUGACCGGCGCCGGCAACGUGCUGAAGAAGCACGCGGCCGAGGCGGCGCGGCGCUCGCCGGCGGCGCCGGGCGAGGACGACGAGGAGGAGGAGGAGGACGAGGCCUGCAGCCGCAUCUUCUUCGAGCCCUGCCUCUACCACUGCCUGGAGAACUGCGGCUCGGUGACGCUGGCCGUGGCCUGCGAGCAGGGCGUGGGCGCCAACCAGACCUUCUACGUGGACUUCCGCACCGAGGACGGCUCGGCCAAGGCGGGCUCGGACUACGAGUACAGCGAGGGCACCCUCAUCUUCAAGCCGGGCGAGACGCGCAAGGAGUUGGCCAUCGGCAUCAUCGACGACGACAUCUUCGAGGAGGACGAGCACUUCUUCGUGCGCCUGCUCAACCUGCGCGUGGGCGACGCCGAGGGCAUGUUCGAGGCCGACAACGAGGAGCACCCCAAGGGCAAGCUGGUGGCGCCGCUGGUGGCCACCGUCACCAUCCUGGACGACGACCACGCCGGCAUCUUCGGGUUCCGCGAGCGCUCGGUGCGCGUCAGCGAGUGCCAGGGCAAGGUGGAGGUGACGGUGGUGCGCAGCUCCGGCGCCCGCGGCACCGUCAUGGUGCCCUUCAGGACCGUCGAGGGAACCGCCCGCGGCGGCGGCGUCGACUACGAGGACGCCAGCGGGGAGCUCGAGUUCCGAAACGACGAGACGGCGUGAG